GUCUCCUCUCGCGAUACCCCGCCCAUUCGGGCUCUCCCUGUUCGCCUGCAUCCUCCUCGCGCAUCCCUUUCCGCGCAUCUAGAGGCCCUCGUGCCCGUCUCUGCACGGUUCUAGCUCUCGCACGCGCUCUAGCGCUUGUCCUGCAUUCGCCAUGGGCGCAUGUAUGUCGUCUGGCGGCGAGAAGGGCGCGAAGGAGCGCAGCACCGCCAUCGAUCGCCAGAUCGAGGAGGACAGCCGCAAGUUCAAGAAGGAGUGCAAGAUCCUGCUGCUGGGCUCGGGAGAGUCAGGCAAGUCGACUGUCGUCAAGCAGAUGAAGAUCAUCCACCAAAACGGCUACACGUCCGAAGAGCUCAUGCUCUACCGGCUGACGGUCAUCAAGAACCUUGUCGACUCGGCACAAGCCAUCACGCUUGCGCUGCGCAAGUUCAAGCUCGAGCCAGAGCUGCCAGAGAACCGCGAAAAGGCAGAGGCCAUCUUGCAGUACCGCGUCGAUGCUGACCCGGGCACGACGCUGGACCCGGCAAUGGCGCACGCCAUGGAGUCAUUGUGGGCCGAUCCCGUUGUCGCGGGCGUCGUGGAGCGCAGCAGCGAGUUCUACCUGAUGGACAGCGCAGCCUACUUCUUUGCCAACAUCCCACGGAUAGCAAGCCCGGACUACAUUCCAAACGAGGACGACGUGCUGCGGGCGCGCUCCAAGACGACGGGCAUCUCCGAGACGCGCUUCAACAUGGGCCAGCUCUCCAUCCACCUCUUCGACGUCGGCGGGCAGCGCUCCGAGCGUAAGAAGUGGAUCCACUGCUUCGAGGCCGUCACGAGCAUCAUCUUCUGCGUCGCGCUGUCCGAGUAUGACCAAGUGCUGCUGGAGGAGAGCGGGCAAAACCGCAUGGCGGAGAGCCUCGUGCUGUUCGAGAGCGUCGUCAACAGCCGCUGGUUCUUGCGAACGUCCAUCAUCCUCUUCCUCAACAAGAUCGACAUCUUCAAGGCGAAGAUCCCGCGGCAGCCGCUCGCCAACUUCUUCCCGGAGUACAGCGGCGGCGCCGACGUCAACAAGGCGGCCAAGUACAUCCUGUGGCGCUUCACGCAGACGAACCGCGCUCGCCUCAGCAUCUACCCGCACCUGACGCAGGCGACGGACACGAGCAACGUGCGCCUCGUCUUUGCCGCGGUCAAGGAGACGAUCCUGCAAAACGCGCUCAGCGCAUCGGGCAUCUUGUGAUAUGCCAGAGUUGGAGGGAAUGCCGUCGGAGCGGGAAGGCUAGGCAGAGGGAACAAAAGCGACGGCGGUCGGAAGAGGAAGCAAGGGCGCACAUCGUGUGCAGCAGUGCAGCCGGCUUUC